AUGGCGGACAUCCUCACGCAGCUUCAAACAUGCCUAGAUCAGCUGGCAACCCAAUUCUAUGCUACACUCUGCUAUCUUACAACAUAUCAUGACCAUUCACCCGCCAUCCCUCCACCAAACGUACCGACUGCAAUCCCACAACUAAAGAAGAUACCGAAAAACGCGUCGCCGAACACUCCCGGUGCCCAACCUGCUUCCGCGCAAGCACAAGGCCAAGAUCAAACCCCGCAGCAGCAACAGCAGCAGGGUGAUGCUGCAGGCCCGGGAGCGGAGGAAGAACGGCGAGACCUCCCACCACGGCCUGAUUCGCCGAAUACUUUUGCCCAACGGCAGAGAGAACUGGCUAGGGACUUAAUCAUCAAAGAACAGCAAAUUGAAUAUCUUAUCAGUGUGCUUCCAGGGAUCGGGAGCAGCGAAGCAGAACAAGAAGCUAGGAUACGGCACCUGGCGGACGAGUUACGGGAAGCGGAAAAAGUACGCAGACGGAAACGGAGACAGAUGAAGAAGCUGGCCGAGAAGGUUGAUGGGCUGCUGGAAGCUGUCAGCAGGGGAGUAUAA